UAGGCACCAACUUCUAGAGAGAACCGUCAUUUGCUCAUUUGCUCAUUUGCUAUCCCCAUGGAUCAAUCUCAACAGCAACAGCCUAGGCCUCCUCCUCAUCCACCGCCGUCUCAAGGCGGAGUCGACUCUUCAUCUGGGCUUCUCACUCUGUUUGUAUCACUCAUCUUCAUUUUCGCCAUGUUGGUGUUUUCGUCAACUUCAACGGUUAGUAAUAGUAUUUCCCUUCUGCACCAAGUCCCGGAAGGUCAUGUUGGGGCAUAUUGGAGAGGAGGUGCCCUUCUGAAGACGAUUUCAGACCCAGGUUUUCAUUUUAAGAUGCCUUUGCUUACCCAAUAUGAGCCUGUUCAAGUAACCAUUCAGACAGAUCAGGUGAGGGAUAUUCCAUGUGGUACUAAAGGCGGUGUCAUGAUUACUUUUGAGAAGAUAGAGGUUGUUAACCGCCUUCGUAAGGACCAUGUUUAUGACACUCUCAUGAACUAUGGAGUGCAUUACGAUAACACAUGGAUAUAUGACAAGAUUCAUCACGAGAUCAAUCAGUUCUGCAGCUCCCAUAGUCUGCAAGAAGUCUACAUUGACGUAUUUGAUCAGAUUGAUGAAAAGAUGAAAGAUGCUCUUCAGGGUGAUUGCACACGUUAUGCUCCAGGGAUCGAAAUAAUUAGCGUCCGUGUCACAAAACCAACCAUCCCAGAAAGUAUAAGACGAAACUUUGAACAAAUGGAAGAGGAGCGCACUAAGGUUUUGAUUGCCAUAGAGAGACAAAGGGUGGUUGAGAAAGAGUCAGAGACUAAGAAGAAGUUGGCUCUCAGCGAAGCCGAGAAGAAUGCCGGUGUUAGUAAGAUUCUCAUGGAACAGAAGUUAAUGGAAAAGGAAAGUGCUAAGAAGCAGGAUGAAAUUGAGAACCAGAUGUAUCUGGCUCGGGAAAAGAGUCUUGCGGAUGCCGAUUAUUACAGAGUAACUAAAGAAGCUGAAGCAAACAAGUUGAAGCUGACCCCUCAAUUUCUGGAGCUCAGAUUUAUCGAAGCCAUUGCCAACAAUACCAAGAUUUUUUUUGGAGAAAAGCUGCCGAAUAUGAUAUUGGAUCAGCGUUUGCUGGGGAACUAUAUACAAGGAGUGGCUGGAGGACUAUCUAGGGAACGUGACGUAAACGUUUCGUAAUUUAGUUAUAUGUUCUAUGAGCACAGAUCCAUAGAGUUUUUUAAUAGUGAAUAAGAAAGCAAUAGUUGUGUUUUAAAGAGCGCGGUUGUUUUUGGCCAUUGUUGAAUUCAUUGGUUUGUUUAUUUAUUUAAUUUGUUUAUUUGCUCAUUGUAAAAACACUAAGACCACUUCCCGAUGGGUGCCUGCACUAUUCCAUUGCUUAAAAUAUCAAGACAAAUUUUUUUUUUUUUAA